ACACCCCACUAUCUUUAAAAAAAAGGUGUCGAAGAUUUUUUUGCUCAACCCUCAUCGCUCUCGCACUAYUAUUUAAAAAAGCAAUAUGAGAUCUCUGCUGUGGUCAACCGUCUUUGUUCUCUUAAUGAUUGAACUUGCCGUUACGCUGAUCCUGGUCAUCCCGGUCCCGCGCAAGAUCCGAAAYUGGAUCUGCCUCAGGGUUUCGAAACUCGAGCUGAAAAAGCGYCUGAGGGUGCCACUGGUGCUCAUSGUCUCCGCCCUCCUUUUUGCUCUUGCAGAUACUAUCGGCUAUCUGUCACAGAUCUAUGCUAAGGAGGUCCGAGAUGCGGAGCGCAUCGAAAACGUUCUCGACCGCCAUCUGAUAAAAGAAAAGGAAUACAGGGCCGGGAGGAACCUCUACCUAGUGGGCUUUGCGCUGACCCUUAUCUUUGUUAUCGGRCGCAUCACCGAGCUAAUGCAGGAGCACGCCGAGCUGGAGGGGACUGUCGAAAACCUUCGACUGGCGGUGAGCAUGAUGGAGACCAAAGAUCGCGGARAAAGGAGCGGGGAAACCCCAGGCGAGGGCAUCGAGAUGAAACCAAUGCAGUCGAAGAAGAAGGAMUAAUGGGCAUUUUCCGUGCCAUGACAAAAACGAACUGUCUAUCUGUGUGUAUUGUGAACACCGGAUCGACAAAAGCAGUGCCAAGACUUUUUCGAAUCAACGUUAAUAUGGUACAUCGAUGCGUACCGUACGCCGCAGAAGAAACUUAUCAGUAUUGGAUUCGUACCUUUCAAGUCUAUUGACCUUGAAUUAUUUUAGAAAUUUGUGUAAUGCAUYCAUGCUCGCUUGAAUUCUUCUAUUUUUCUUGAAUCUAUGUUGUUACWAGUUGAAUCGCAUUAGAUGUCUCGUUGGAUGUCAMGAAAAYAWAURAAGUGUAUCAUAUCUAUUUCUCCAACAAGCAACAAGCYUUGCGUUGUUGUUUAGAUUGCUCGAUAUUGCUAAAAGURAAUCAAAACCAAUAUAUGAAUUUCAGUCUUCCWACGUGCCGCCCAUCGAUUCUGCGAUCUUUCGUUCCGAUCUUCUUGCUUGGAGCUUAGAUGGGYCAGUCUUACACGUAUUGCACACUUUUGCCCUCACGUGUUGCUCGUAUAUCUUUGUGAAGCGAUGCUACAAAAAUCUCUUUGGCCUUCAUCGCCCAAUGGSAGUACGGGCAAAGGUUCAACCAAUGAGUAGUGCAAAUCUAAGUGUAACAGGUGAAAAGAAAUCAAAGAAGAAUAGUAGUUUCUGGCGUUCCUCUAGUAGCUGCUGGGGAUAUACCAGCCCAGCCGCACUGGAGUUAAACAGUACUAUAAGUAGUAACAAUGCAAGCAUCAGUUGUGGCGAGGUUCGUUUAUUGCGGAAUUCUGGUGGCAUCUAUCUCAGCUUUUCAUGGGUACUAGUAUUAAUAACCUACCGUACGUUGU